GAAUUUAUAUUUACUACAAAGUCGGGCGCUUUCACAGCAGUCGGAAGCCUCACCAUAGCGCGAACCACGUGGACUGCGGCCGACAUGGGAGCAUCCGAGGGCGGAAGGGGCGCUGGGAGCCCUUCGCCCGCCUAGAACGCGUGUGAGUGAGUGCUCUUCGGUGGCGUGCUCUACGUCCUAGUGAGAAAGAGAAGAAACGCCCGUGCGUCGCGCGGUCUUUUCAAACCGCGAUGUCUUCGUCGGACCUGGCCAAGACGGCCCGACAGCCCAGGAGCAGGAAGAUCAGCAGGACUGACAGUGAGGUGGCAUGCGAAGAAGCGGCGCGCCUGACCGCCGAGCAGGAGGAAGCCGACGACGAUGGACUAUCCUACUGCGACUACCACGACCUGCCGCCCCCGCCCGACGGCGGCUACGGGUGGGUCGUGGUGUUCGCGUCGUUCAUGUGCAACAUGAUAGUGGACGGCAUCGCGUACACUUUCGGCAUAUUCCUCAGCCAGAUGGUCGACUAUUACGGUGAAACGAAGGGAAAGACGGCCUGGGUCGGCUCCCUCUUAUCGGGGAUGUACCUUAGUGUGGGCCCUCUAGUGAGCGCCCUUACCAACAAGUUCGGUUGUCGUGCGGUGUGCAUUGCCGGUAGUUUGAUCUCAACAACAGCCUUCUUCCUCUCGAGGUAUUGUCCAACCGUGAACUGGCUGAUGCUGAUAUACGGGUUCGUGGGUGGGAUCGGCUUCGGCCUGAUCUACCUCCCGGCAGUGGUGUGCGUGGGGUACUACUUCGAGACGAAGAGGUCUUUGGCCACGGGGAUCGCGGUGUGCGGUUCUGGUGUCGGGACGUUCGCGUUCGCCCCCCUGGCCACGGUACUGCUCGAGGAGUACGGCUGGAGGGGCGCCAACCUCAUCCUAGCGGGGCUGAUUCUGAACUGCGUCAUCUUCGGGGCGCUGAUGCGGCCCCUGGAGUACCCGAAGGAGUCCAACACGCAGCCGCUGCUGCAGCGGAUGGCGGAAGAGAGGAGGAUCCAGAUGGAGAGGGGCAGCAUCGGGGGAUCCUACUUUAUGGUCCAGCUCCCCGACGGCACCAUGGAAAAACGCCAGAAGCAACCCCUCAACAUCGACCCCGGAGUGCAUUCUAGUCUGAACCUGGACCAGCUGGCGCCAGGCACCCCCAUCACGCCCAUCCCCACCGUGCCCACCCUGCCCACCAUCGCCGAAGUCAAAGUCCAGGAGCAGAGCGGCAGCUCCGGUUCGCCCAGUCCCGGCGAAAGCUCCGCCGAGAUCCGCCCCCAGAUCAAGAACCCGCGCCUCGACGAGCUGAAGCAGCAGGACGGAAGGGUGAAGAGGGAGAUCGGGACCAGCAAGGAGGCGCCGGCGGCGCCGGUGUCCACGGCCUCGGACUUCAACGCCGCCUCCAAGAUACACAGGAACGCCAGCCAGCCGGCCUUCAGCACACACGUCCAGGGUCUGCCAAAGAACGGAUCCGUGCCCACGUUCGACAGGAUUAGGAAGACGUCGGUCGGGGAGAAGUUCAAGCCCACGUUGGGACCGAUCAAGUCGUCGUCGAGGGCCACGCUCAGCUCGAACGGGGAUAUGAGGAAGCUUAGGAAUAAUUCCAAUUCGUCGUUUAUCAGCAGGAAUAAUAAUAGCGAGGUGGACGUCGAGAGUCUGGCAUGUACUUCAAAACUAUCGCUGCCCCGGGAGAAGAGUAAAAGCAACAUGGUCCGACCUUUGUCCCGCAAGGACAUCUUUUACUCAGGCUCCAUCGUCAAUCUUCCAGAGUUUCACCAAUCGCAAAAAUCGCUCACUAACUAUAGACAAAGCAUCAUGAGCAUUCCGAAAGCCAAAGGGUUGGAAUCCGAAGGAGUCCCCGGUGAUCUUUGUCCUUGCCUUGUUUUGCCUGAAAGUUUCACGUCAGCCUUAGCACAGAUGAUGGAUAUGAGCUUAUUAAAAGAUCCAGUCUUCGUCCUCAUAGGGAUAUCGAAUCUGUUCGGGAUGGCUGGGUUGUAUGUGCCAUUUGUAUACCUCGUUGAUUGUGCAGUUCAAGACGGUAUCGAUCAGGGGAAAGCGUCCUUUCUGCUGUCCAUCAUCGGUAUUACGAAUACGUUUGGCCGUGUCGCGUGCGGAUAUUUUGCCGAUUUCCCUUCAGUGAAUGCGCUUUUUGUAAAUAACGUUUGUCUUGUAGUUUCUACAGUGGCGGUCGCAUUAACGCCAUUCUGCCAUACUUACGGUGCUUAUAUUACGAUGGCAGUCUUCUUUGGAAUAGCAGUGUCUGGAUAUAUUUCGCUAACUUCAAUCAUCCUAGUCGACCUCCUCGGCUUAGACAAGCUAACAAACGCAUUCGGCUUACUGAUCCUCUUCCGUGGCGCCGCCGCAAUCGUAGGCUCCCCGUUAGCCGGUGCCAUAUACGACGCUACGAAGACGUUCGACAUACCGUUCUACGUAGCCGGCUCAUUUUUCGCAAUAUCGGCCAUAACGAGCUUCAUCGCGCCCUGCCUCAAGCGGCCGACGGGCGAGGAGCUGCCUGUCGCCGAGGCGCCCCUCACCCCCAUCGACGAGGACGACGAGGAGGAGGACGCCGGCAUCACCAUGGCGCCGGCCCACAAGACCGACGGCGGCGGCGGCGGCGGCGGGCCCAUCCCCAAGAUCGUCGAGACCGCCUCCAGCCCCGGCGAGCGGGAGAUCAAGCAAAUCGAAUCGGUUUUAUAAAGUUGCAAGGAGUCGCUGCGCCGUUAUAGAUUUCAAAGUUAUUUUUCUAACAUUUACGCAAGACCGUCGAGCUGAGGAGCUAACGUAGAUUUAUGGGUAACUAUGCUGUGAGCGUCGUGAGGCUUCAUAUAGAACAAGAAACAUACUUUGCGGAGUUUUUAUAGUUUUGUUAUGAACUUGUAGGCGCACAAUGAUUCAACCAUGUAUAUACACAUAGUGUUUAAAGUAAUAUAUAUAGUUUUAUUAAUUUUUUAUCGUCGAUGUUAUAACUAAACUUUUUUCAACAUCCUUAUGUUUUACAUGUUACUUUUUUAAAACGUGUCAGUUUUUUAAACUGUGUGAUGUUAAGAGACAGUAUUUGUGAGUUUUAGCUACUGUAUGCGAGGAAGCAGGCGGACUCGCCAAUGUAAGUUUAAAUCGUUGAUUAGUUAAUUAUGUAUAUAUUAAAUAACCUGGACAAUAUUCUUAGAACUGCUAUUAUGUACGUUGCACAACUUAAUUCGUCUCACGUUCGACGCUUUGCGAACAGGAUGUACUCUAUCGAACUUUUUUACCAAUACUGAAUGAAUAGGAAGUGAUGUCUCUGAAUCAAGUCAAUUUCGCAUCCUGAUUGCAAAGUGUCACUUACUUAUUUUUUAUUAUUAGCUUGAGUUUUUUCUAAAAACCUGCUCAGGACAGUUGCAGUCGCAAGGUUAAUUCAUUAACUAGCCUUAUUAUAGAUAUAGUACCUGUGCACCUCAAGUUAAUGUAUUUUAUUCUUUAAUCUAUACACUUAAAUACAAAUAUGAAGAUCUCA